AUGGAUUCCGGUUCCGAGGAGAAAGGGGCGGCCGUGGCCGUCCCCCCGCUGAAGCCCAGCGAGAAGUUCCACCUGUUCGUCAGCUACAGCAGCAUGGACGCCACGUGGACCCAUGGGCUCAUCGGCCGCCUGGAGGCCGACCACGCCGGGCUGCGCGUCUGCCUGCACGAGCGGGACUUCACCCCCGGCAGGAACAUCCUGCAGAACAUGGCUGAGUGCAUCCACCAGAGCCAGAAGGUGCUGCUGGUGCUGAGCCAGGACUUUGUGCAGAGCAGGUGGUGCCUCCUUGAGGCCGACCUGUCCCUCUUCGGCUACUGCCUGGAGAGGAAGCCGGUCAUCCCCGUCCUGCUGCGGCCCUGCCAGGUCCCUCUGCACCUCAGCCACCUCACCUACCUGGAGGCCAGGGACAGCCGCUUUUACAGCAAGGUGGCGCAGCUGCUGUGCACGCCCAGCCACUGCAUGGCGCGCUCCCUGCCCGGCCCGCGCCCCGGCCCUUCUUUCUACAGCGGGAAGACCCUCCUGACCCUGAACUGUGUCAACAGGGACAGCCUGCCCUCGUGGAAGGUGGGGACCUUCAGCACCCUGAGCGUCCCGGACCCCUUGAAGGAGGUGUUGCCGGACCCCGAGGUGUACAAGCACGCGGUGGGCAUCCUGAACGGGGUGCAGUCCCCCAGGUCCUGCCUCCGCUACCUGUGUUGCAGGAUCCUGCUCAGCAUCUUCCUCAUCCUUCUCUCCGUGAUCUCCAUCUUUUUACUUGUGAUAUUUGGGAUCAUUGAAAUUAUCAGGAUUCAGGAAAAUUACAACAGAGCCUUCCUGCUGAUCGCCGCCAACGUGUUCCUCUGCCUCCUCCCCGUGGUCCUCGCGGUGAACAGUCUGUGCUGGUUCAGGAGGUUUUCCAGGCGGAAGAUGCGGGAGGUGGGCCUCCGGGUGGGGGAGGCCAACCUGCUGCUGGCGCCGCACUCGGUGCUGAUGGGCUGCGAGACCCUGAACCAGCUGUCCUUCGUGUUCGUGCAGCUGGAGGAGUGCCGGCGGACCUUCCUGCAGGCCCCCGAGGGCGACGGCGAGGCCCUGUUCCGGGAGGCCCUGUUGCGGUUCUCCUGCGCCUACGCGUGCUGCCUGGUGCAGGCGCACUUCCCGCACUGCGAGGCCGCCCCGGCCGCCCGGGGCCACCUGGAGCCCGGCCUGUGCUUCUGCCAGUAUGUCUCUGUGCAGCUGGAGAGGGGCUAG